UAUAUGCUAAGCUGUCCAGUUACGCAUUUGUUAUACAGUAUAAAUAACAUAAGAUGUCUCAUAAGUAUUUUUUAUUUUAGCCUCGCAUAUAUUUAUAAUAAGCAAUGUUUUUCUAACCAGUUUCAGUAUCCUUUUAUCACGUCUCCGUUACCUUAAUUUCAAACCAACAUUUUGAUAUCAGAUUUCGUGAAAAUGCAAAUAAACCUCCUAUUUGAAUUUUGUGGAAGAAUCAGUGAAAUAAGAUUCUAUAACCUACGGGAAUCCCACUAUGAUGGCGGAGACAGAAUCUGAUCAAACGUUUACUGUACAGCCGGUAUCGGAGGGAGACGUUGAAGCUAUAAUGGAUUUAUUAAAACGAACUUUCUACGUGGAUGAGCCGAUGAACGAGUCAAUAGAAUUGUACUCGGAAACUAAUUCAUGUCCUGAACUAGACGAAUAUUGCAAAAGCUCUCUCCUUGAAGGGCUGUCCUACAAAGCGGUCAACAAUAAAGGGAACGUUAUCGGCGUUAUAAUCAACGGCGUCAGUCCUUUGAAAGAAGAGAACAACGGGAAUGACCUUGAAAGUCAAGCCAAAAAAUGUCCAAAUCCUAAGUUCCAACGAAUCUUACACGUCCUUGCACUGCGCGAGACAGGAGCUAAAUUAUGGGAAAAAUUCCCAGAAGAGAAACACCUGGUGGAAGUGAAGGUGGCCGCCACGGACCCAGACUGGCGGAGAAGAGGUAUAAUGAAUGCCCUGCUGCAAGAGACAGAAAAGGCCACGAAGCAACGAGGCAUCACACUGAUUAGAAUCGAUACAUCCAGUGCCUAUUCAGCAAAAUCUGCUGAGAGAAUGGGUUUCACCUGCGUGUAUGAAGCGCUUUAUUCAGACAUCAAACUGGAUGAUAAACCGUUAGUCCUACCUAAACCGCCACAUUUGCGUGACAAAGUCUACAUAAAACGCUUAAGCGUCUAACUCAGUCUAUCAAUCAACUUAUUCCUCAUUAUUAGUAUAUACCUACGUUUUUUAUAUUGUAAAAAUAAAAUAGUAAUAAACUUAUAUGAAUGUUUA